UUUAAAAAACCCACGAUUUCUGCCACCUGAACUGCGCUAAAAUUAUUCCAUUGUCAUUAUUUUCUGUAGAAUAUUAAAAUACAAUAAUAAUAAUUGUUUGUGGCGUGUGUGUAUUUUCAGAGAAAGAAGAAGAAUCAAAACAAAACAAGAAUCGGAUGCGGAAAUCCUGACUGCCUGCUGAUGUCUAUGUGGCGAUGCUUGUUCAGCUCUAGCAAGGAGCUAGACGAGAUUUUCCGUCAGGUCAUGAAACACGACGAAAGAUAUAUCCCUAAAGGCAAGCCCUCUGUGUGGCGGACGGACAAUGACCCCCGGAAUGCCCAAGAUUCCCACUGUCGAGGUGAACAUUGUAGAGGAUCGGGUGAUUGAUGCCAUCCAUGUCAGUGGGGCCACGAGUGUUUCCCUGCCAGGACAGCCUACUCCGAGCCAGCUACGCAGCUGAUAAUGACGCGCUACCGCAGCCUGCUCGCUCGCUCUUCAGUUUCCUGGAGCUCGGUGGCAGCAAGAUCGCGGAGAUCUGAAGGAGAACUUCUCACUGAAGGAGAUCUCCUUCGGCCAGUCCAAAAGACUGCGAAACUGAGUUUCUGAUUCCGAAAGGAACAGCACUGCCGUCGUCCCCAACCGACAACAAAGGCGGCCAAGCCAAGCCAGGAGGCGCCCUUUGCAAGGUCGUCCAGAUGCAUCAGCUUGAGGAACAGUAAAGUGAGUAAGUUCUCUGGCUGGGGAGGGGAGAAAAACUAGGAGGCUCUGAAUACAAACAGGGCCAGGCCCAGGACAAUUAAUUAAAAAUUCUAUUGCGCCUAGCUGCGUUUUUCGUCUGCAAAAAUGAACUUGGCAAACACACACAUUCACAAACACAUGCACAGCAUCGUGAGAAAUAUUUACUGCAAUGUAAAUAAACAGUUUUUGGAUUCCCAAAUACUUAACAACAAAUGCUGCUCGUCUCGGCCGCAGAGAAUGGCCGAACCGAAGCAAAGCACAAACGAUGGCAACAAUAACAACAACACAAUCGUCGAUGGUCGAUGCUGUCUGGAUGGAUGAGCCAACGCUCUGCACCGGCUCUCACUCGCUCAAUGAUCACUGGCCGGUCGCGAUCACGAUCUCCGAUCUCCAGUUCCAUUUUCCGUACCAUUUGGAUGGUUUUUAGUUCGCGGCCAAUUGCCACAGUAAUUAAAUCGUUCGAAAUGGCUGCCCCCGCAGCAGCCCCAGCAUCCGUUAAACGCCUGCCAGACCCAGACCCAAAGAUUGCUGCAGUCGCAGCCAUGCCCAAAAUAACAAUUACAAGCAGCAGCACCACCAGCAGCAGCAGCUGCAGUAGAGGUGCCGCUGUGCCCAAAUCUCCAGAUGGUCUUACCGCCUUGGUGGCCAAAAAGAGUCUCACCUCCAUGUCCGAUGAGGAAAUUAUUCAGGAGAAUCUCAAGGAAAUACUGGAUCUUAAAUCCCGCGAGGAGCGCAAAGCCAAUGGACGCCUGGUGGCCGUCAUUGUUUGUUUUCUGGUGAUCUUUCUGGCCAUUUAUCAUGCCUGGAUACAGGAUGCCCUGGCUGGGGUCUUGGUGCCGGCCGGCAUAAUGCUGUCCUAUUUCGCUUGGGUCGUGGUCCUGGCCAAAAGGGAUAAGCACAAACGUGCCAUGUUUGAAAAGCAUAUCGAGGAGGUGGCCAUGAAGAACAAGAGCGAACUGGAGGAGAAGCAUUCCCGAAUGAAGCACUCUCACGGCCACGGACACGGACACACGGUCACCGCCAUGAAUGCGGACCAGCAGAGCUGCAGCGGCAGUGCCUCGAGCAGUCUGCACUACGUUAACGAGCUGCUGCCAAAUGGAGAGCACCGCAAGAAACAGCGCCGCCACAGACAGCGGCACGGGGAGGGGGAGAGGCCAGGACGCGCGCACCGUGCGACUGGUGCCACCACAGAGGCAACGGUGCAUCGCAGCGGAGGGGCAAAGAGGCCCAGCAUUAGGCAGAAGCUGUUCGGCCAGAGCAUCGCACAUGUGAAGCUGGUGGAGACGCAAAGCGACAGCAUGGACUCAACGGGCGGCGGCCCCACUGCUCCCACUGGUCCCAGCAGCGAGAAGCGCAAGAGGCUGCAGCGCAUGGACAACCUGCCCAUGCCCCAGGUGGUGCGCAUGAGCUCAGCGCCAUAGAAUAGAGUAGAGUAGAGGAAGGGAUGAGAUGGAAUGGGAUGGCCUUGCUAUUGUAUCGAGUAAAUAAAUGUAUUAUAAAAAA